UCAAAUCGACGAAUACGCGACACAAAAUAGGCUAUCUCUUUUUAAAGCGGGCGCCAGUGAUCGUGUCGCGACUUGUCAACUCAGUGCCUCUCGUGCUCUUUCAGAAAGCGGUUGUGUGCGGCAGUUUUCUUUGUGAUGGCUUCAAAACAACCACUAUCGGAAGAAAAUAUUACUCGUUUACUGUUAGAAGAGGAUGAUACGAGCAUACCGGAGGAUUCAUGCAGUGAAAAUGAAGAUAAUUUAGAAGAUGAUUAUGUGGAAAGUGAUGCUCAAGACGAGUCGUCAGAUCGCGAAGAUAGCUCACUAAACAUUCCUGAGCCGUCUACAUCGACGUCACAAACACCACUUGAUUUAGGUCAAGAAAAUUCAAGUUCAAAUACUAACAUAUUGACAUUGACACAAAGUAAUAUCCGUGGUAAAAACCGUCAUAUAUAAAUAUUAUUACUAUAAAUAUUAUUCGGGUUGCUAGAGGACCAACUCGAGCUGUUAGGGGUAUUGUGGAUCCACUGGUGUUGUUCAGCCAGUUCUUUACAGAUGAGAUAGUGGACAUCAUAGUGAAGUGGACGAAUGAAGAAAUUGGUGUCAAAAAAGAAAACUAUGACCAAGUAUCUUCCACGCAGAAUAAUACGUGUAACGAAGAAAUCAAAGCCCUUAUCGGCAUUCUAGUUUUGACUGCAGCUCUCAAAGACAACCAUUUAUCCCUCGAAGAACUCUUCAACACUGAGUAUUCUGGUACAAGAUACGUCUCAUGUAUGAGUAAAGAACGAUUUGCUUUCCUUUUCCGAUGUCUUCGAUUCGACGACAAAACGUUUCGAUUACAACGACAGAAAGAUGAUCCUUUUACACCGAUAAGAGAGAUAUGGGAAAUGCUUAUAACUAAGUGUCGAGAUAACUAUGAGGCUGGAAGCAACGUCACAAUUGAUGAGCAACUGUUGGCAUUUCGUGGGAGAUGUAAAUUCAGAAUGUAUAUUCCGAACAAGCCUGCAAAGUAUGGCCUCAAAUUAGAAAUGCUUUGUGAUAGCGGCACUAAAUAUAUGAUCGACUGUGCUCCAUAUCUUGGAAAAGGCACUGAUACUGGAGGCUUGCCUUUGGGAGAAUACUUUGUAAAGGAACUUACACGAAGCAUCCAUGGUACGAACAGAAACGUAACCAUGGAUAAUUGGUUUACGUCGAUACCCUUGGCGAAACAAUUACUUCUGGAGCCUUAUAGACUGACAAUUGUGGGUACAUUACGAUCCAAUAAAAGAGAAAUUCCUGAAGAGAUAAAAAAUAGUCGCUCAAGGAAUGUAAAUACCUCCAUGUUUUGCUAUAAUGGUCCGCUUACGCUUCUUUCGUACAAGCCGAAGCCGUCAAAAAUGGUCUACGUGCUAUCUUCCUGCGAUGAAGAAGGUACAGUGAAUCCCGAGACACAUAAGCCAAAUUUGAUUGAAUUUUACAACAGCACAAAAGGUGGUGUGGACACUUUUGACCAGAUGUGUUCGGUGAUGACUUGCAACAGAAAAACUAAUCGGUGGCCCAUGUGCAUCUUCUACGACAUGCUAAAUAUCGCUUGUAUCAAUAGCUACAUAAUUUACUGCCAUAAUGUGUCAACUCUGGUACAAAAGAUAAUGAGCCGUUGUAAUUAUAUGAAAGAAUUGCAUUCCCAACUUGUAAAACCGUGGCUCGAAACACGACUGCAAAUGCCCACAAUGCCCACGCACACAAAAACGAAAAUACAAAAUGUAUUAGGGAUUGGUACUGAUGUUGAAGGUGGUGAUCGUGACAAAGUGCAGUCAACGUCGAGAAAUGAGUCUGUAUCGACAGGUCAUAAUAUAAGAAAAAGGAAAAUUUGCGGUAUAUGUUCCUAUAAGAAACGGCGUAUGACAAAGUCCAUUUGCUCACAGUGCAGCAUCGCAAUCUGCGGUGAACAUAAGAUUGAUUUCUGCACUAGUUGCGCAGACAAAAAAUAGCUUUUAUAUAUUUUUUUAUAUUACUAAGAUCUCGUUCUAUAAGUACUUAAGAGAAGAAUAUGAUUUUUUUUUGUUUAAAUAUUUUUGUUAAUUUUCCAAAGAAUAACGUUUUUUUGAUCUCAUGAAAACCAAGUGCCUUACUAAAAAUGUUAAGUUUGAAUAAA